GCUGUGGCUGCCGGAGAGGAUCAGGAGCUGCCCGAGCAGCUACGGGGAGGCGGGUAACGGCCGCUGCCGUCUCCUUCGCUUUGGGUCCCUUUUCAUCCCCCACCCCAGGCACGCCGAGCGCCACCCGCAGUGUCUAUCCCCGAGGCCAUGGAGGCGCGUCAGGCCGGUGACCCCCAGCCGCGCGGGGUCCCGGACUCGCCGAAACGAUGAAGGGGUUGGGGGCGCUACAGCUCCUUAAACGCUAGCCUGCCAGCCCCACUCCUUUACACCGUCUAACCUCCUCGGCCUCUGAGCCUCCUUCCAUCCCCCUAGCUUCCAGCCUCCGUCCUUCUCCCCCUCCCCCUCCCCCUCCAGCCCCGCCUCGGCGUAGUCGCUGCCCCAACCCAUAGGGGGCGCUGUUGAGGGAACUGUUAGCUCUCAUGCCAUCCCGUGGCACCCUGUGGAGGAGUGGAAGCCCCUGAGAAAGGCAAAGAGACCCGGGCUCGAGCUCUUUCUCCUGCCACCCCCUCCUCCAUCCCGCCUCCAGCUGUGCGCGUUUCCUGGCCUCACCCUUCUCAUUUCACUCUCCAAAAUGUGGCAGAGCGUGGGGCUGACCCUGUUGGUGAUCGUGGCCACGCUGCUCUGCGUCCUGCUCUUCAUGCUGUGCGGUUGGUAUGUCGUUUGGCAUCUGUUUUUGUCCAAAUUCAAGUUCCUCAGAGAGCUAAUAGGAGACACAGGAUCCCAACAGGGAGAUAAUGAGCCUUCAGAGUCUGAAGCUGAGCAGGAGUCUCCACCCACUCCCCAGAGGAUCAGAACCAAAACCGUUUGGCAUCGAAGGCCACCUGUAGAAGAAAUCUCCACCUAACAUAGCAGCACCUCAGGGCAUUUCUCCUUAAGAAAUGAUAACAGGUGGUUGCUUGUGUGACUUAGUGGUUUUAGGAUUUAUUGAGAUUCUGACUAAAGAAUUUAUAUUCUUGGAUUUUAAAUGCAUAACUUACUUUAGGCAUUUAGAAGAGGUUUGCAUGAAAGCCAUAUAGAAAUAAAGGGAAUAAAAACCAAACUAGACCAUUGCAAGUUUUUCCAUCUUAAAAAAGUAGCCAUGUAUACCACUUCCUGGUUCUUUGAUUUAUUUCCUUCUACUGGUCUGACUAUUAUCAAUGUAAAAGGUAUAAAGUAGUUUGUGUACCUAUUUUUCCUUGCAGCACAGAAAUGAUUAGUGAACUUAGUUUGACCCUUCAUUGUUGAUAAAUGAUUUUUCUUUUUAAAAAUAUAUUUGCUUCUAUGUGAUUUGUCCAGGAACCCAUAAUUCCCUGGAAGAGAUUUCUUAAAUUUCAACUUUAAGAAAGAGUGAGGUUUUGUUACUUUUUUAUAGGGGAAGGACUUAAUGCUAAAUUUAUUAGCUGUGAAGAUAGUAGUCUAUCUUUAAAAAAAAAAAUAGUUAGGCGACCACAAAGAUUUUUUAUUUUAAGAGAGAAAGGGAAUAGAGAAUAAUACAGUUAAAACCUGAAUAAAUAUAAAAUGGCCAUGUUUGUCUUAGGAGAACUUCAGAGAUUGGAUUUGCCAGAGAUAAAAAGGUUUAUGGGUUAAUUAUCUUCACCAUUCAUUUUCCUCAAUUGUUAUUUGCCUUAUUCAAGUACUAAUUACA